AUGAGGGCCCCCACGAGACCCCGAGCCUCAUGGCAUUGGUAUGCUGCGCUGGGAGCUCUACUACCAGCCUGUUUGGCCAAUGCGAGUCCGGCAGUCAACGUAGCACUGCAGGCUUCCUUCGAUUCGUCCCCGUACUUGGUUGAGCUGCUUGAAACCGCCGCCGACGAAAACGCAACCUCUUAUUUCCCAUUACUCGACCGCAUCGCCGACGGUGCCUUCGAGGAAGCUAUCUCGGAGAAGGAGCUGUAUGACCGCUUCUUACAGGUCGUUCACGAAGAUGGACAUCUACGCACCCCCGAAAGUCUAUCGUCGUUCAAACUAUCGCUGUCAACACGGUCAUUGGCGCCUCGAAUCCAGGCUCAUUAUCAGUACUACAAUACCUCGGUGCAGCAAUCGAUGAUGGGGGCGCAAGAUGCGGCUUGUCCCGUCUGGGUUCAUUUCGAAGGGAAGCAGUAUUGCUCCUCGCUGAUGGAGCGUGCUCAGCAGGAUAUUGAUGGAGAGUUAGAUCCCAGGGAACUGCCAUUCGACCGUGUUCACGGCGAUAUCUCGCUUCCCCCCGCUGUUCUCUACGCAGAUGUAUCGGCCCCGGCGUUCAAGGAAUUCCAUGAUAAAUUGAGCGAGAUGGAGAAGCAAGGCGAAAUCUCGUACCGUGUGCGCUAUCGACCACCCCAGCACUGGACCUCGCAACCCCUGUUCGUCUCCGGAUACGGCGUGGAACUAGCGUUGAAGCGUACGGAUUAUAUUGUGAUUGAUGACCGUGAUGCAGAGCAACGGGAUGACAGCAGCAAAGAGGGCGCUCCAACUGGAUCCGAGGAAUUGAAGGAGGAUGCCCCAGAUGAUUUGCGGCCUCUAUCUGCUUCGGAGGUGUCUAGACUUGGCGUGAACUCUGCGAGCUACGUGAUGGACAGCGAAGACCCGCUGAAAACACUGGUCAAGCUGUCACAAAACUUCCCCAAGUACUCGACUACCAUCGCUGCUCAUAAUGCUACCGCAGAACUGCUACAGGAAAUUCGUGAAAACCGGGCGCGGAUGAUCCCAGCUGGCUACAAUGUUAUGUGGAUCAACGGCAUGCAAAUUGAUACCCGACAAAUUGAUGCAUUCUCUCUGCUCGAUAUCCUCCGUCGAGAGAGGAGGCUCAUUGAUAAGUUCCGCGAUCUAGGUCUGUCUGCACAGGAGGCUGUGAAGCUCCUAUCGCACCCAACUCUGGCAGAGUCCCAGGCGGACGAUGACUCUCAGCGUUACGACUAUCGUGAUACUCUAGAAGGUGGUCAGGUCAUUAUUUGGAUGAAUGAUCUAGAGAAAGACUCGCGCUAUGAGUCUUGGCCAACUGAUCUCCAAACAUACAUCACCAACACUUACCCGGGGCAAUUGCCCCAAGUCCGUCGUGACUUGCACAAUGUCGUCAUGCCCGUUGAUCUAUCUAGCCCAGAACACGUCAUGUUGGUUGUCAACCAGGUCCAGACCUUUAUUAAACGUCUGAUCCCUAUUCGCUUCGGUCUGGUGCCAAUUGCGCCUUCUCCAGAUGCCCUUCCCCAACUGAAGCUGGCACACUACCUUCAAGAGACUUACGGGCUCUCGUCACUGCUCCACUAUCUGGAAGAGUCCGCCUCUAAGGGCAAGGCUGGAGAAACUGACAAGGUGUCGUUUGAGGCAGCGACCAAGGAGCGAACGCCACGCGCAGACAAGGAAGCUCUAUCUUUCGACCAGGUGUUGAAGAGUGAGCACUACGAUGCUGUGGCCACACGCAGUGCUGACUACCAGCGUCGCCUCGGCCUUCAGGGUGCAGCUCCUAAUUUCUUGGUCAACGGUAUCCCGGUCUCUCGCGAGAGCAACUGGAUGCAGGAGUUGAGCAUGCUGAUUAGCAGGGAUCUGAAGCUGAUCCAGCAGGGUUUCGUUGAAGGCGUUUUUGAAGAAGACGCUGUGCUGCCCGAGUUCUUCUUGGCCGGUGCCUUUGAGAGACGCAACACGUUCAUCAUGCCCGAGGACCCUAAGAGCGUGCGCAUCGUGGACCUUGCCACCAUCUUCGGGCCUGAUUCAAAGAUUCUGGACCAAAUUCCCCAGAUUGAACCUGAAAGUGGCGUUUUGGGCGGCAUUCACAUCAUCGUCGUGUGCGACUUUGAGUCGGAGGCUGGAUUGAAGCUUCUCACCGAUGCGUUGAAGUUCCGGAAGGAGAAUGGCGAGAUGGAACUUCUCUUGGUGCACAACGGUGCUACCGAGUCUGAAGGAAGUAUUUUACGCCUGAACGCGAUUCAACACGCCCUUGCCAAGGGAGGAGAGAUCGACAGCAUAUUGGAUGCCGUUGCCUCUUCUGAACCCCUAGAGUCAUCUGAAUCUAGCCAGGAGGCCAUCCAUGUCCACCGACGUCUUGCCGAGACCCUCGGAUUUGACGCCGGCACGGAAGGUCUCGUUGUCAACGGCCGUGCAGUUGGGCCUAUUCCCAAGGAAUACUCUUGGAGCGUGGAAGAAAUCGGCCAGCUCGUUGCCUACGAGCGAUCCAAGCGGAUUGAACCCGUUGCGAAAGCCUCCCUGUCCCUCCGGUUGAACAAGAAGCUCACCAAGCCCCUUGACCUCGCCAAAUUGACUUCGAUGGUUACUCUUUCUACAAUCUCGGACGUACCCGAGGGCAUAUUCGAGUCGAUGCCGGACUUCCGAAUGGAUGUGUCGGAUAAGUGGAAGACCGAGCACUCGGUCAUCGCUGUUUCCAACUCUGAGGAUCCCGCGAUCAAUGUCGCAGUUGUGCUUGAUCCGGCAUCCGAAACGGCCCAGAGAUGGUUGCCGAUUAUCAAGGUCCUCUCUGAGCUAGCGGGUGUUCAACUGAAGAUCUUCUUGAACCCCAAGGAUGAGCUCAAAGAGCUUCCUGUCAAGCGCUUCUAUCGCUACGUACUGGAGUCAGAGCCAUCGUUCACUGCUGAUGGCUCUCUAUCUCGCCCUGGAGCUUCGUUCACUGGCGUGCCCGUCGAGGCAUUGCUCACCCUGGGCAUGGAUGUCCCCACGUCUUGGCUCGUGGCGCCCAAGGACUCUGUCUAUGACCCGGAUAACAUCAAGCUGAGUGCUCUGAAGGCCGGAGCCAAUGUCGACGCCAUCUAUGCUUUGGAGCACAUUCUGAUCGAAGGCCACUCUCGUGAUGUUACCACCGGCUCCCCACCCCGGGGAGUGCAGCUCGUUUUGGGCACAGAGGAUAAUCCUCAUUUCGCGGACACUAUCAUCAUGGCCAACCUGGGCUACUUCCAAUUCAAAGCGCAGCCUGGCGUGUGGCAGAUCAACCUCAAGCCUGGUCGAAGUGAGAAGCUUUUCAACAUCGACAGUGUCGGUGGCCUUGGAUAUCGGCCCCAGCCUGGCGAUGAGAGCACCGAAGUCACCCUUCUGUCCUUCCAAGGCCGCACCCUCUUCCCUCGCCUCUCCCGCAAACCCGGUCACGAGAACGACGACGUCCUCGAAACGGGACCCCAGCCUGGCUCGGCGCGAGACUACCUUUCCAAGGGCUUCAGUUUCGCCUCCGGGGUGCUCUCUAGCGUUGGCGUGGGCGCCAAGUCUGAGGAGCAACAGGCCGAUAUCAACAUUUUCUCCGUCGCCAGUGGCCACUUGUACGAGCGCAUGCUCAACAUCAUGAUGGUUUCCGUCAUGCGGCACACGAAACACACCGUCAAGUUCUGGUUCAUUGAACAAUUCCUCUCACCCUCCUUCCGCGCAUUCCUGCCCCAUCUCGCCGAAGAAUGCGGCUUCUCGUACGAGAUGGUCACGUACAAGUGGCCUCACUGGCUGCGUCCACAAAAGGAGAAGCAGCGCGAGAUCUGGGGAUACAAGAUGCUCUUCCUAGACGUAUUGUUCCCCUUGUCUCUGGACAAAGUAAUCUUCGUCGACGCGGACCAAAUCGUGCGAACUGAUAUGUACGACCUCGUCACGCACGACUUGGAAGGCGCACCCUACGGUUUCACACCGAUGGGCGACUCACGCACGGAGAUGGAGGGCUUCCGCUUCUGGAAACAGGGCUACUGGAGCACGUUCCUGCGCGGCAAGCCGUACCACAUCUCGGCGCUGUACGUAGUCGACCUGAACCGGUUCCGCGCUAUCGCCGCCGGCGACCGUCUCCGUGGACAGUACCAGAUGCUUUCGGCUGAUCCUAAUAGUCUGAGUAACUUGGACCAGGACCUGCCGAAUCACAUGCAGCACCAUAUUCCGAUUCACAGUCUGCCCCAGGAGUGGUUGUGGUGUGAGACGUGGUGCUCGGAUGAAGACCUCGCGUCUGCGAGGACUAUUGAUCUUUGCAAUAACCCGCAGACUAAGGAGCCUAAGUUGGCGAGAGCCAGGAGACAGGUGCCCGAGUGGACUGUGUAUGAUGAUGAGAUUGCGGCGCUGGCGAAGCGUGUUUCGGCUGAGCAGGUUGGGUUUGUGCAGACUGGGGAGGAUGGUGCGCAGAAGGAGGUGUCUGUUGAUGAUGAGAUUGUCGAGGAGGAAGAGGAGGAUGUUGACCGCAAGGAUGAACUAUAG